ACUCUCAUUAGUCACUCACAACUUACAAUUCUAUUCUUUCUCUAUUUAUUAUUAAAAGCAAUUCUUUUGCUAUUAUUAAAAAUGGCUUUUCCCAAAGCUUUAAUUGCUUCUCUACUUCUUUCUCUUCUUGUUCUUCAGCUUGUUCAUGCAUUUGAACCAGAAACAACCUCAAAUCAAAUGACUAGCAACACUGGAAAUGUCUCUGGCAGUAAAGUGGAUUGUGGGGCAGCAUGUGCAGUGAGGUGCAGCGCCACAAAGAGGCCAAACCUAUGCAAGAGGGCGUGCGGAAGUUGUUGUAGCAAGUGCAAUUGCGUACCACCAGGCACAUUUGGCAACUACGAAGCCUGUCCUUGUUAUGCCAGCUUGACCACCAAGAAUCAAGUGCACAAGUGCCCUUAAAUUAUCCGGAUCGGACUUUUGUGUUCAAUCAGGAACAAUAAAGUCUUAUUUCUAAAAUGAUUUAGGGUCGGAAAUCUUAUUUAUGCUACUAGUAAAAUAAAUCUAUUUUGUAAACACGGUUCAAUUCUUAUAGCUAGCUAGCCAGUGGUAUGUUUAGUCAUGUUAAGCGAGUGUAAUCUAGAUAAAAGUUCUUGUCCAUUGUUGUACUAUUUUGUAUAAUAGCGUAUAGUGAAGUAGUUUUUUGUAAUCUGUCGUUACUAUAUUUUAUUUGAUGCGUAUUUAUAUUCCUUUUUAAGGGAAUUAAUGCUAUGUAAUGUACCACUGUUUGAAAGCUAUUUCGUAGUAUGGAAUAAUAAAUUUAUUGAGGUUACAUA